AUGAUACCAUCCAUUUAUGGACAAUUGACAAAUACCGGAACGAUUGCUGAUCCGUUAGUGCAAGCUGCUGCAGCUGCACUAGCAGCUCAGUCAGCUGCUGCAGCUACUGCUAGUGCAGCCGAUACUCUUUCCACUACAGGCAUACGUGAUACAACAUUUACGAAAAUUUUUGUCGGUGGAUUACCGUAUCAUACAUCAGAUAAAACAUUACAUGAAUAUUUUGAACAAUUUGGUGAAAUUGAAGAAGCUGUAGUUAUCACCGAUCGACAAACUCAAAAAAGUCGUGGAUAUGGUUUUGUAACAAUGAAAGAUCGGGCUGCAGCAGAACGUGCUUGUAAAGAUCCCAAUCCAAUUAUUGAUGGUCGUAAAGCAAAUGUUAAUUUGGCUUAUUUGGGUGCUAAACCGCGCGGUAAUAUUCAACUUGCAGCGCUUUCUAACGGAUUGCAGCAAAUUCCGCUGCAAACACAACUGCAGGCUUUAUUUCCCGGUCGUAUUGCCGGCCUCCCGCAACUUCUUUAUCCUACAGCAGCAGCGGCAGCUGCUGCUGCAGCUGCAGGUAAUCCGUUGAUGAAUACGCUAAAUGGUUUGCAAAAUACGACAUCAUUAGCUGGUGCAGGUCAAGUGAAUACUUCACAAACUCAGCAACAGUAUAUCGAUUAUGCAACGCUUGCAGCAGUUGCAGCUGCAGGUGGUGCUGCUAGCGCUGCUGCUCAAAAUCCAUUCUCGCUCCAUCCAACAGUGUCAGCAGCAGGUUCAGUAGGCCUAGAACAGUAUGCAUAUAUGCCAUAUGGCCUAAUACCAGCCAACAGUUAUGCAGCCCAACUAACAGCUGCUCAAUCACAAUUAGCUGCCGUAACACAACAGCAAGCUGCUUUGGAGCAUCAACGUGUAUAA